AUGGGUGGUCCUUCAUAUAUUAUUGCGAUUGACCUAAGUGGAGAUGAUCCGAUCAAAAGAGUUAUCAUUGAUGAUGACAUUGAAUUCUUCGACUCCUUACCAAUCUGUGAAUAUCAUUAUCAUUACUUGGCAUUCUCAAGCACUGGCGAACUAUUCCUAAUUUUGAGACGUGCAGAAUAUGUUUAUCUAGAUCCUGAUGAUGAUGAUGAUGAUGAUGAUGAUGAUGAUGAUCCAAUAAAGCAUGAGACCAUAGGAUUGAUGGUUUUCAAGUAUAAUUGUGAGAGUAGUUCCUAUUGGGAUGAAGUUAGAUGUUUGGGAAACAAGUCUAUUUUUGUAGGCAUGAAUAAUGCUUAUUUAUUAUCGAUCGAAGAUUUUGCUGGACUCGAAGCAAAUUGUAUCUACUUCACUGACACUUGGGAGGGAUCAAGAUGCAAUGCAGAUAAAGGAAGAUCAAAUUUAGAUAUUGGCGUCUUCAAUUUGGAACAAAAAAAGUUUCAGCGUUAUUGCUUGCCAUAUGAAAUUACGUUACCUCCGCCAAUCUGGUUCAUUCCAUCGAUGUAA